AAUAUUACAUAAAACAUAACGAAAAAGUUAUAACGGCAAACCAGCUUUUAUCUCCUCUUUAACACCUCCCAAAGUGAUAACUACGCUUUCUUAGACGUAUCUUUCAAAAAUAUACAACAAAGAAUUCACUGAUUAUAAUACUAAAACAAAUAGUCUCUGUUGCAAAGCCGUUAAAACGUUACGCAUUUGUCAUUUGCUUUCAAUGUCAAAAUACAACCCAAUGAAGUGCCAGAUUAACAUUCAUUUUCACCAAACAAACCAGGGAGCACAAAUCUUGUCAAACCCGUACUAUAAUGUAAAGAGUGAUCAAGUUACAUAUUCCUUACGCUAACAUGGCCACAAUUUUCAUAAGAAGAAGGCCUGACUCCGUGAUGGAGUGGGAAAUAGAAGAUGUAUUAGAUUGGCUGAUAGAGUUCCAACUUGAGAGGUUUUGUAAAAGAUUUCAAAGCCACCUUAUUACAGGUCCGAUUCUUUUGCAAAUGGAUGACUUGCUGCUUGAUGAUCUGCAAAUUAAUUCAAUCGCAGAAAGACAGGUUUUGUUGGCAGAAAGCAGACGCCUGUGUCUUCAUGAACUGGAGUUAGUCGAUAGGGCUCUUGAAUACAAGCAGAAAUUAGAGGAGAUUCCAAAAUCCAAAAGAGACGGCAACACAAUAAAAGAUAUUAAGGGGAUUAGUAGUCAUCCUGAUCAACUUGAAAAAGCGUUCGUUGAAAAUGACAUGUCGACAUACCGCACUACUGAUGAAAAUGUAAAGAGAAAUCCAGCUGCAGCUUGUUUAGGUAAAGCAGAUGAGGUAGCAACGAGGGCGACUCUGAUGGUUACAAUUUUGUCACAAGAAAAUAGCAGCCUUAGGGAGCAACUGCAAAAGAGCAGUAAGAAAGAUCUAUGUAUCAACAAACUCCAGAAAGAGAUUUCUCAACUAAAAUCAGAAAACUAUCACCUUAGAAGUAAAGCUCACGCAUUGGAAAUGGAGAAUAAAAACGUUCUUGAUGAACUUCGGGAGAUAUCUGAAAAAUACGAAAAAAUAAGAAACUGCAAGGAUAUUAUUGACAAGCUAAAGCAGGAAAACAUAUUUUUACAAGAUAAGUUCCAAGCAUUCAAGUGCAAAACUAUUGAGCGAGAGCUAAUGAGAAGUUUUUGUCAUGGAAUCAAAAACGACAAUUCGUGCAGUUUACAGAAUUCUCAUGUUGAAGAUUGCCACAGUGAUUGCAAACAAGAAGAAAAUGACUUGCAUUUGAUUAACAAGGUUUAUACAGCCAAUAAAAGAUGCGCUGAGCUGGAGGAUACAAUACGAAGGCUGUAUGCAGAGUUAUUGCUCACUGAACACGGAAAAAAAUAUUUAGAAUCUCCGAAUGCAUGUAUUGAUAAAGCCGAGGAAGAACAAGCACCUAGUGAACCCGAGUGGCCCUCCCUUAUCGGACGUUUACCAACAAAAGAUGCCAUUCUUGAGAAAUCAGAUGAACAAGGACUAGGCAUUGUUAACCGCCUCACUACCCAAGGAUUACCAACGGAUAGUGACGAAGACAUAUGGAGAAUUCAAUCAAUAAACAGCAAUAGCAGCCUAAAGGGUUUUGGGGGCUCAGAUGACCUAGUUUUUCACAAGUGGAACGUGUAAUAUUGAUACUGAGUUCUUAAUGCCCAUAGCGUACUGGAACCACAAACGAAACUUGACUGAGUAUAUAAGGCAUCAUGAAUAUCAUUAUUAUGGAACACUGGCGGAUGAAAGACAUUUUCAUAGUUCUAAUUAUGAUUAACCAUCUGACUAUAGGGAGUAAACUUUAACCAAACAAAAUGAGGCUUAAUUUGAGCUCAAAUAAUGUUCUCAAAUUAACGAAGGGGGGUAUCCCCCUACACUUUCCCUAGAUCUGGGCUGCAAGGAUGUAUCAGUGGUUUAGGUUCUAGGGUUUAGGUAAGGGGGUGAAAUCCAUUCGUUUGUUUUACUUAUGUAGAGUUUAUAUACUGAAUAAAAAAUGGCUGUGUUACAAA